CAGACAUAGUUGACGCGCCUGCAAGAGGUAGUGCGCAGGGAGUUUUCGCCUUACACAGUCAAGUCGCGGCGAUCCUAAGGAAGAGCUCAAAAUGCAGAUUUUUGUGAAGACCCUGACUGGCAAGACCAUUACCCUGGAGGUGGAGCCCAGUGACACCAUUGAAAACGUGAAGGCCAAGAUCCAGGACAAAGAGGGCAUCCCCCCUGACCAGCAGAGGCUGAUCUUUGCCGGCAAGCAGCUGGAAGAUGGCCGCACCCUGUCCGACUACAAUAUCCAGAAGGAGUCCACCCUCCAUCUUGUGCUGCGCCUGAGGGGGGGCAUGCAGAUCUUUGUGAAGACCCUGACUGGCAAGACCAUUACCCUGGAGGUGGAGCCCAGUGACACCAUUGAAAACGUGAAGGCCAAGAUCCAGGACAAAGAGGGCAUCCCCCCUGACCAGCAGAGGCUGAUCUUUGCCGGCAAGCAGCUGGAAGAUGGCCGCACCCUGUCCGACUACAAUAUCCAGAAGGAGUCCACCCUCCAUCUUGUGCUGCGCCUGAGGGGGGGCAUGCAGAUCUUUGUGAAGACCCUGACUGGCAAGACCAUUACCCUGGAGGUGGAGCCCAGUGACACCAUUGAAAACGUGAAGGCCAAGAUCCAGGACAAAGAGGGCAUCCCCCCUGACCAGCAGAGGCUGAUCUUUGCCGGCAAGCAGCUGGAAGAUGGCCGCACCCUGUCCGACUACAAUAUCCAGAAGGAGUCCACCCUCCAUCUUGUGCUGCGCCUGAGGGGAGGCAUGCAGAUCUUUGUGAAGACCCUGACUGGCAAGACCAUUACCCUGGAGGUGGAGCCCAGUGACACCAUUGAAAACGUGAAGGCCAAGAUCCAGGACAAAGAGGGCAUCCCCCCUGACCAGCAGAGGCUGAUCUUUGCCGGCAAGCAGCUGGAAGAUGGCCGCACCCUGUCCGACUACAAUAUCCAGAAGGAGUCCACCCUCCAUCUUGUGCUGCGCCUGAGGGGAGGCAUGCAGAUCUUUGUGAAGACCCUGACUGGCAAGACCAUUACCCUGGAGGUGGAGCCCAGUGACACCAUUGAAAACGUGAAAGCCAAGAUCCAGGACAAAGAGGGCAUCCCCCCUGACCAGCAGAGGCUGAUCUUUGCCGGCAAGCAGCUGGAAGAUGGCCGCACCCUGUCCGACUACAAUAUCCAGAAGGAGUCCACCCUCCAUCUUGUGCUGCGCCUGAGGGGGGGCAUGCAGAUCUUUGUGAAGACCCUGACUGGCAAGACCAUUACCCUGGAGGUGGAGCCCAGUGACACCAUUGAAAACGUGAAGGCUAAGAUCCAGGACAAAGAGGGCAUCCCCCCUGACCAGCAGAGGCUGAUCUUUGCCGGCAAGCAGCUGGAAGAUGGCCGCACCCUGUCCGACUACAAUAUCCAGAAGGAGUCCACCCUCCAUCUUGUGCUGCGCCUGAGGGGGGGCAUGCAGAUCUUUGUGAAGACCCUGACUGGCAAGACCAUUACCCUGGAGGUGGAGCCCAGUGACACCAUUGAAAACGUGAAAGCCAAGAUCCAGGACAAAGAGGGCAUCCCCCCUGACCAGCAGAGGCUGAUCUUUGCCGGCAAGCAGCUGGAAGAUGGCCGCACCCUGUCCGACUACAAUAUCCAGAAGGAGUCCACCCUCCAUCUUGUGCUGCGCCUGAGGGGGGGCAUGCAGAUCUUUGUGAAGACCCUGACUGGCAAGACCAUUACCCUGGAGGUGGAGCCCAGUGACACCAUUGAAAACGUGAAGGCUAAGAUCCAGGACAAAGAGGGCAUCCCCCCUGACCAGCAGAGGCUGAUCUUUGCCGGCAAGCAGCUGGAAGAUGGCCGCACCCUGUCCGACUACAAUAUCCAGAAGGAGUCCACCCUCCAUCUUGUGCUGCGCCUGAGGGGGGGCAUGCAGAUCUUUGUGAAGACCCUGACUGGCAAGACCAUUACCCUGGAGGUGGAGCCCAGUGACACCAUUGAAAACGUGAAGGCCAAGAUCCAGGACAAAGAGGGCAUCCCCCCUGACCAGCAGAGGCUGAUCUUUGCUGGCAAGCAGCUGGAAGAUGGCCGCACCCUGUCCGACUACAAUAUCCAGAAGGAGUCCACCCUCCAUCUUGUGCUGCGUCUUAGAGGGGGCUGUUAAUUGUGUUUGCACCGUAGCAGUCAGUUUUAAUAUUGUAUGGUAUAUGCAAGUUUAGUAACUGCUGGACUGUUUGUGUAAAAGCUAAUAAAGUUUUUUGUUGCACAUUG